CUAACUAAAAAAAAAACAUUACAAUAACUUUGAGUGCCCAUUAACAGGUGGAGAUUUUUUUACUUUUUUUGCAGUGUGUUCUCCAUAGCCCUGCUAUAAUUAGACUCGCUGUCAGGCGUUGAAUACCGACUUGCACACAAAGCCUUUGUGCUCCAGCUGAAGCCCCUCAUUGCUCCCACGCUGCUGGAAGAAGAAGAAGUCAGGUACGUCUUCGGUGAUCCAAAAUUGAAAUAUCAACCUUUUAUGUUCUGCUUGGUGCAAAAGGAAGAACAGAAUAUGUUUUCAUUUUUUAUACGUUUUGAAACUCUGACUUUGCUGAAACGGUUUGAAAUACUGACAUGGUGAUGAGAAGGUUUCCAUAGGAGACUUUAUAUCUUUGAGAAGGAAUUGAGGUUCAUUCUUUACCUUAUUGCUUUAUCUCAUUAAGUUAUGCAGACAUUUGUCAUAUGCCUUAUCACAUGUCCUAGUCUCAACUGCAAGGCCUGCGUGACUUCAUUUUCCGUAACCACCCACUCACAAGAGUUCACAUACUGUAUGUGAACUCUUGUGAACCUGGGGGCAUUUUUUACAUUUCUCACACUAAACUGAUUUAGUGUGAGAAACUUUUUUUUUUUUUGGCAUUGUUGACCAUUUGUUAACAUCUGUGCCUAUAUUUACAAAGUUUAAAAGACUCUUCAGGGGUCACAAGGCAUAUUGAUGUGUGUCUGAUGUCAUGGCGUGCGGUGACUGUGUAUGUGACAUUUCCAAGAAUGCUAUUGCUGCUCCCUCCCUGCUUUUUCCUUGUUUUAUCUCUCUAACUUUCUCGUUUCUCACCAUGUGUUGUUGUUUCCAAAUAAACGCCUGCCUGUCUUCGCUGCUGUCCCAGAGUGUGGUAGGAACCACAGCUACCAAUGGAAAGAGGUGGGGUAAGAGACAGAACCAUACGGGAUGUCCAGAGAAAAGUUGUACCCAAACAUUUCCCACAAAGCAAAAUGCAAGGUGAAAAAUCAAAGCAUGUCCAAGACUCUGCAGCGCAUCGCCUUCUUCCCCAUCAUUCCUCAACUCAGCCCAAGCAAACAGAUCUCUACAUCCUCCCAUCAUACUCUGACAUCCUCUUUAAUAACUUUCAAAGCCUUAGAGAGGAAGAGCUUCUCCUGGAUUUCAGUCUUUGCAUUCAAGGCAAGACUUUCCGCUCCCAUGGUCUAGUGCUCGCAGCUGCCAGUGAAUGCCCACAUUUAUUUUUUGGCGUAAAACCAAUCUUUGGACUUGGAAUGAAAGAAAUUCCAGAUUUCCUGACUCCACUUGGAUUUGGGGCUGUCCUGGAGUUUGCAUAUUAUGGACACGUGGCUCUGAGCCACCUUGAAGAAGGAGAGACUGUGGGAGUCCUGAAUGCCUGUGAGUAUCUACAAAUGGACCGGCUGAGGAAGGGGCUCACACAAAGGGUCACCACUUCUGCUUCGAAGGAGAAAGACAAGAGCUUGGCGCUGAUCAAGGACAUGUGGGACAAAGGAUUAGGAUGUGAUAUAAUAAUACAAGCAGAUACUGGAGAGAGAUAUUCAGCACACCGUGUUGUGCUGGCGGCCGGUGGGGACUACUUCCGGGCGCUGCUGUGUGGCGGCAUGAGGGAGUCCCGGGAGGACACCGUGUGCUUGCGGGGUCUCUCCUCCUGGGUGAUCGAAGCCGUGGUCGGUUUCUUCUACACGGGCCAGCUCGGGUUGAGUUGGGCCCGCGUGUGGGAGCUGACGGACGCGCUGCAUCAGUUCCAGCUGAAGGGGGCGCUGUCGCUCUGCACUGACUUCCUGCAGGGCGGAAUGGACGAGAGCACUUGUCUGGACGUUCUGGUCCUGGCGGAGACAUUUGGGCUUGUCCUGCUGGGACAGGCUGCCGAGGAAUACGUCCUGACCCACUUCAGGCUCGUCUCUGCUGAAGAGAAGUUCAAGGAUAUUCCCUUUGUUCUGUUGGACCGACUGCUGGACAAAGAUUCACUGUGUGUAGACAGAGAGAUUGUGGUGUUCAGGGCAGUAGUGAGCUGGGUAGAGGAGGAACCUAAAGAACGACUCCCGUUCCUGUCCAGCCUGUUGUCCCACGUUCGCCUCCCGCUCUUCACUUCCUCUGAGGUUCAGGAAGCUCUGAGAUGCAAGCUGCUCUACAGAAGCUCCAAGACAAGGGCGGCAUUAGAAACCCUGCAACGACUUGCAAAAGGGGAAAAGGUCGGAUCUGGACGUAAGCCUCGCUCACCAAACCAGGUUCUGGUGUUGGUUGGCGGAGACGCUGUUGACGACGACUUCAUGAAGAGGGUUCCAAUCCGGUCCCUGUGGUAUGCCCAACAGUUUCACCGUGGGCCGGGUCUGAUGAGAAAUAUUGAGUGGAAACUCUUGACGAAGAUCCCAGAGCCGCCUCGGUUCAGACACGCCGUCUGUCUCUUCAACAACAAACUGUACAUCCUAGGGGGACGCAAAUAUUACGGGUCUCUGGAUGUCCUCAAAUCUGCUACAAGGCUAGACCUGACGCAGUGGAAAUGGGAGCAACUGCCUGACAUGUUGUGCCCAAGGGACUACUUUGCAGCGGUGUGCCUAGACGCAAAGGUUUUUGUUUUGGGUGGUAACUACGACGACAGCCAAUACACAGACGAUGUGCAGUUUUACAGUCCUGAGAAAAACACCUGGAGGUCUGCUCGCCCUCUGGCAGCGGCGGUCUGUGGUCACGCUGCAGCCGUGCUGGACCGUCAAAUCUAUGUCUCAGGCGGCUGCGACUCCUAUCACCAUUGCAGCUCCUUGCUGUGGACCUAUCACCCUUCCCGCGGCUGCUUUCCCAGAAGUCCCAUGAGCGUGGGAGGCGGACGUGCUGGACACGUCAUGCUAGCCGUGGGGGGCAGGCUGGUGGUGGCCGGAGGGGUGCAGCCCCUCCGGGUGGGGUUCGGGGACCAGCUGCUCUGUGAGGUUUAUGACCCGGCCUGUGAUUCCUGGUCCUCGUUCCCGGCCUUGCCCCGGCCCCAUCUGUCUCCGGGCGGAACUGUGCUGGACGGGCGCCUGUACGUGGUCGGGGGUUCUUCAGCCAACACGGCCAGAGACACCAAGUGGGUGUACUGCUAUGACCCCAAGAAAGAAUGCUGGGAAAACCUGGGUGCUAUGCCUCACCCAUACACUGAUCUGGCAGUUUGCGCGCUGCCACUCCCUAAUACGACUCGUUAACUAAUGACUAAUUAAAACGCCGGAGUAGUUUUGGUUUGGCUCUGUAAAAAGAAUGCCAUGUCACAAAUGCUUCAUGCUGAAAAUAUAUUUUCAAUCUUAAGGGGAUUAUUGUGGCAAAGAACCUUAAAGUACAAAGUUUUGGAAAACCAAAAAAAACAUUUUUUAAAAAUGCUUCCCAAACACUCAGAGGUCCCUGCAGACCGAGCUUUUGAACAUGAACAAUAAAGCUUUGGAAGAGUGCUGGAUGCAAUCUGACAGCUUAAUUAAAGGGGCAGUAUUAUUUUCCAGCCACAUAUUGCCAUUUUACAGCGCAACCAAGAAACUAUACUGCUUACAGUUGUUGUAAAAAUGUUAUAUAUAUAGAAUUUGACUUAAAAAGAAGGUGUUAAAUUAUUACUUCAUAAUUUAACGCCUUGAGAUUGAGCCUCUGUUUUUUUACGAAGUCAUUACUCUUUCUGAGACUCCACCUUCAGAAAGUCAUCACAACAUGGCUCCUCUAUGAACCCCUUUGCAAAUGUUUUUACCAGAGAAGUAGCUCGUAUGAUGAUAUGAACAGACGUGCAGUUCUGCCAGAUGUUUGCUAAUUGCUGCUGGCUAGUCAGAAGGAACUGACUGGGGAGGAGCCGUGAGGGAGGGGUGCUCUGUGAGGCGGAAGCUUGGAACCUGCUGCUCUGAGGAAGAGCUUCUUCUAGAAAAGAGGAGGAGCGUCGUCCUUGAAGGCGGGGCUAGGUCCGCCCGGGCGUUUUGCACAGCUGACUGGUUGCAGAGGAAGAUUAAAGGAUUUCUUAAACAUGCAUGAAAGAAUCAAGG